AUGCUGAUCUCCCGAGGCGGUGCCUCUGAUUCGUCACCGGUCGGCACUGCCACAGACCCGGGCGUCGCGCCCUUAUCUGCCCCCGGGGCUCGCGCGCCAGUGCCCCAGCCAGCGAAGACCACGGGCAUGGUGUUUCUGAAGAGGGUGAGAGAUUACGCCGCCGUGGAUCAUAUCUUGAUGCCUCCCUUCGGUAUGGCUAGGCCAACGCAUGUGGUGAAGAAGAAGAAGGAGGCGGCUGUGGUCCCCAUAGCUCAGCAGCCUGCCGCGGCCGCACCACCCCUGGCACAGAAGGAUGGUGAUGGCCCUCGUGCUUCUGUGGCAGGGUUAUCCUCGCAGGACUUGGAGGCCCAGCCUCAGGAGAAGGUGGUCUCUGUAGUCAAGCCGGCUCCGGAGGCGCCCGCCCUCAGCUCGCCUACUGAGGUACCGAACGCUCAGGAGCCCCCGGGCCCCUCAGCUGCUGCUAACUUGCUGACCCUGGCGCCGGUGCUGCCCCCUCCCACUUCCAUCACGCUGUUGGGCCGUGGUUCUUCUGCUUCGCCUGGUGCUCUGGAGGAGUCUCUUUCCGCACUGACCCAGCUUCGCGACGACGUCAAGACGCCGAUCAUCGCCUAG